UCAGCAGCAGGAAUGCCUCAGCAGGCCGACACAUGUCCUGCUUUAGUCUCAGUGGAUAACAAGCCUCCGACAGUCUGACAGAACAACAGCACUGCUGAGAGGACAUGAGAGGAUACCGAGGCGUUAAGUACACCUUAUUCAUCUUCUGCUACUUCUUUUGGGUUGUGAGUGCCAUACUUACAGCAGUGGGGAUCUAUGCUAAGAUCGCCAGAGAGAAAGAUGUGGUUGACACCCUGACGGUUGAUCCCGCUCUACUGUUGAUCGUCGUCGGCUCUGUGAUGUUCCUCAUCACGUUCCUCGGAUGUUUCGGGGCGCUGCGUAACACCAUCUGCUUGCUGAAGAUGUUUGUGGGACUCCUGGUGGCCAUUUUACUCUUGCAGAUCGCAGCUGCAUUCGUGGGAUACUUUUUCACUGAUACGGUGAUUGAGAGAACUGAGAGGCUGAUGAUGAAGGCAAUUGAACGAUACAGGGAGGACCAAGACCUGGAGAACGCCAUUGACUUCAUCCAGAAGAAGUUCCAGUGCUGUGGAGUUGAAAGCUAUAAAAACUGGUCCCGUAACGCCUACUUUGAGUGUUCGGACACCAACCCGAGUCUGGAGGCCUGUGGAGUUCCCUUCUCCUGCUGCAUUCGCUUGCAGAACCAGACUGUACUGAACACCAUGUGUGGUUAUGGGAUGCAGCAGCUGGAGGAGAAACUGGCCCGUCAAGACAUAUUCACCAUCGGCUGCCUGGAUAAAAUUGUCUGGUGGGCCAAACACAAUCUGCUUCUGGUGGCUGGUCUGACCGCUGGCCUGCUGCUGCUCGAGGUCUGCAUGAUAGCUUUGGCUGCUGUUCAGAUCUGCUGGAUAAAAAACGUCCUACAGCGACAGGAAAGAAAAGCAGCUCAAAGCAAAUCGCAGAGGAAGGAGAGCCUCUGGUUUCCUCCUUUUGCAGAGUUUGAUGAUUAAUAAAACCCUUUGUUGAGAAAGUGGGGGAUGCUGUGUUUACACUGUGAAUUUAUAGGUUUGAGCUGUGGAUUUGAGGUUUGUACAGUGGGUGAACGCAUCGAUGCUGGGCUCCAGGAGGCAGUUGAAAUACUACCUCGUGUAAAGCCCUGAAACUCCGUUUUGUCAUUUUUAUGUAGCGCUCAGUGUUUCUAUUGCUGCCUUUCUACAAAACACAAUUUAUAAUUCACCAAAAAGAUCUGAGUUAGUCAAAACAUGACAUGAACAGAUAUGUUUUUUAUAAUGUGAAAAUGUUUCAUUAUCAUAUCAUGUGCAAGCUGUUCUUUGGUCAGUGAAAUAAGUCAGUCAGCCUCGUUCUGUCCAGUGUGAAGGCUUGUAAAGCUUAAAGUAAGCAUAGUUAAUGCUGUGAAAGCCUAAUGUAUUUCUAAAGCUAUCCAAGUACAUUUGUCGCUCAGCCCCACUCUCCUGGCUGACUAAUCUCCCCGACCUCCCGAUGCCUGCGUUGCAUGUUUAUCAGCCAGGAGACUGAAGUUUGCGUCCUGUUUGUGGGACCUUCUGCAGCCUUUCAUCCCACUUGCUGUUUUGUUUUCAGCCGCCUGCACUCAAAGCUACUCGGUUUGGGCUCGUGACUCUGGAUACAAUGUGACCCUUUACACUGAGGAAUGACAAACGCCAAAGGACACCUUGUGCAUAACUGAAGCACACCUGCUGCUUUAAUAAAUAUUCAUCAUGCUGCCCAGCAAUGAGAAUGACCUGCAUUUGACAUGGGAAAAGAAUGUGUUGGCUGUUUGGGAUCUAUAAACAAGAAAUGAAUGAACAUUGAAAGAAUAUUAUGUGCUUACAAAACUAACUAAAGUCUUUAUUUUGAUCUGUGCUUAUUUGGUUUCAUUUGCCAAUAGAUCCGGCCUGGGGAAGCUUUGGUGUAAAGAGACUGCAGAGAAUGUGUCUGUGAUUGUGUUUGUACUGUUUUAUUAUGAAACUGUUCUGAACCCUUUAUAUCCUAUAAUGUGAUAAAUAAAAUACAUAUUGUGAUAGAAAUAGAUUUUUAAAAAAAGAGCUAAAUUAACAAAAACUCUAAAAGCUGUGUUUGUCUGCACGUCUGCUAUUAGCUGUUCAAACAGACCAACCUCUCCCGUCAGGUUGCCAAUCUAUUGCUGGACUAACCCAGAGAGACAAACGUUCACAUCUAUGGCCAGUUUAGGACAACCAGUUAACCUAACCCCAUGCAUGUAUCUGGAACUCAUGCAGACAAACUCCAAACAGAAAGGCCCCAGCUAACCACUGGAUUUAAACACCAGGCCUGUGCAGCUUGCCAUCCCACUGCCUUACCUAAGUUUUACCAUAUUACCAUAAAUUAUUAUUGUAUGAAAAGGCUGCUGCUGAAUGACAUCAACUAUUUCUAAAUACCUGCAGAGAUGGCGUGCUUACAUGCGAUUGGGGUGGCUGCAGCUCAGGAGGUAAAGCAAGUCGUUUAUUAAUUGGUUAGAUGGAAAGUACUUACAGUGUAAACUGAACUUUGCUGUUUGCUUUGAGUUUCAACUUAAAUAUUAACAGAGAGCUCUUGUUUGUGUCUACAUUAGGAUAAGGGUUGGGUCUCUCAGCAGGGCCAGAGGUGUAUAUUGUGAAAUUAUACAACAAUACAUAUCAGGCCAUGUUGCAGAGAGAGUAAGCUACUGAAGUACUUUACCAAACCGGAAUGAAUUAUGUGCAAUAUAUUACAUUUAUGAGUAGAAAUUCCAAUACUGCUGUGGUUAGUACUCAAACGCUGCUGUGUAUCAGUAUAUUGGUGUUUCCAGAUGGUUCUGAGUUUUUCCCUCAGAUGGGAGAGUGUGAUUGUUGCAGUUUAUCUCUAAGAUUGAAGCAUCCUUGCCUUUAAGUAUUAAGCACCUCGAGGUGACUGUUGUUGUGAAUAAAAUGAAGCUGAACUGACGUGAACCGAAUUGGACACAAAAUACACUCCUGGAAACAGGUAGUCAUGGCAACAAAGACAAAAACAGUGAAACAAGAAAACAGAGAAGGAAGAUGUGUGAAAAAGCAGGACACGAUCCCCUCUUCUUUUUUUUUUUUA